AUGGAAAAGGAAUUUGUUGCAAUCAUCGUGACAAUAGUAUUUGUCACAAUACUUGUCAUGGUGGUGAAAUGCAUUUUCAAGAGAAGUAAUAAGCUAGUGGUUGCUCAAAAUGUGGAGUCCCCUACCAUUAAUGGUCUUUAUAAAUUCACAAUUGUUGAGAUUGAGAAUGCUUUAAAAAUUGGAAAUAUGAGAAGAAGAAAGUGGCUAGGGCAUGGAAGAAGAGGAGAGUUUUAUCAAGGGAUAUUACCAAGUGGACAGAGCGUGGCUAUUAAAGAGAUGAACAAAACAAAAGAUGCAAUGGACUCUUUUACUAGGGAAGUUGAGUGUCUAUCAAGAGCUAGACAUCCAGUCAUUGUUUGUCUCUUGGGUUUUUGUAAUGAAGAUGGAAAUCACUUUUUGGUUUAUGAACAUUCUUUUGGUGGAAAUCUAGCUCAAUAUUUACUCAGAGAAGAUACUGUUUUGACUUGGGAUAUAAGAGUUAAAAUACUAAGGGACUGUGCAAACGCAAUCACAUAUCUCCAUAACUAUAGUGGUGGCAGCAUUAUUCAUCGCCACAUUAAGCUUAGCAGCAUUCUUUUGAAUGAGACAUUGGAACCAAAGCUAUGUGGAUUUGGUCAAUCAAAAAUGUUAGGAAUGGAAGAAAGAAAAAUAUUUGGAGAUGUUUUGGAAAAUGGAAUGUACACAGACCCUGAAUACAAAAAGAGUAGGAUACUCACUUGUGCAACUGACGUUUAUAGCUUUGGGCUUAUAAUGUUGCAAGUCCUGUCUGGGAAAAAAAUUGCUCACUUCGAUAAAGAUGCCAGACACGUAUUGUUAACAAAGGCAAAGGAUGUGAGUACAGGAAAGCUUCCAAUCACUGAGUUUGAAGAUCCGAGGUUGAAAGGGAAACUAAUAAACCACGAAGCAUUGAAGUCCAUAUUGCAAAUUGCAGUAGUCUGUGUGUCUGAAACAAGAAGAGAGCGUCCAACAAUAGAACAAGUUUAUGAGGAGCUGAACGAUGCUUGGAGGCUCACCAAUAGUGGUUGGCCUAUUAAUGUUCCUCCUGUCUAG